UCUAUAGCAAAUUAUAGAAAUUCUCCGGACUGAUAAUAUGACAAUUUUGACCUGCCAGAUGUUUUUUCAAAUGUAAGUUGUACAAAUUUAAGUACCGUUCAACAUGGCGGAAGAUGUAGAAGAUGAUAUUGGUGAAGAAAUAACAGAUGAAGACUACGGAGAUGCUCCUCAGUAUUACCUACUUUCGCUGGCUGAUCGAGAAGCCCGCUUUGAGUCGCCCAUCAAUAUCUCAUUGGGAUUCUGCAAGGAUCUAAUAUUGCCCCACCUCUGUUGGUAUCACUUCGAUAAAGUUCCUAAAAAGAUGAAAAUUACCAACACAGGUCACACACUGAUUUUAAGCGCCAAAUACUACGAAGAACGACCAUACAUAGCUAAUGGUCCUUUGAUUGGGAAAUACGUAUUUUCUCAGCUUCAUUUCCACUGGGGAUGUAACAACAUGGAGGGAAGUGAACAUACAAUAGACGGUUCGGCCCUUCCAGGUGAAAUGCAUGUAGUAACAUUCAAGAGUUGUUACUUAACACAGGAGUCGGCUCUAAAAGAGAAAGAUGGAGUCGCUGUUAUCUCCUAUUUUUUCAAGUUACAGAAUGCUGAAAAUCCAGUUCUUCAAAGGCUCUUAGACGCCAUUCCAGAAAUAAAAGAUGCAAACUCCUCCUUCAAAUUGGAGCCAUGGCCUUUAAGCAACAUGUUGAUGGAAUUUGAUAAAGACUAUAUGGUUUACUGGGGUUCGGUAACUGCUUCGGGAUGUCACCAUUUCGUGUUGUGGUUUAUUUGUCGGUAUCCUAUUGGCGCUAGUCUAGAACAGAUGGAAUCUUUUCGAGAACUGAAUGAUUCCCAUGGAAAACCUCUAAUAAGGAAUUUUCGACCUGUGAAUCCACUAAGUGAUCGACAUGUUUUUCAUGUGAAUCCUUCCGAAAACAAACAUUCUACCUUGUAUCCUUUGGCACUGUCGAAUAAAAGACAAAGAGUAUAGAAAUGAAUAACAAUAAAUUUUAUUGAAAUA